AAUCUUCCAGCAGAGGAGAGCCAGGAUACACAGUUGGCAGUGGUGGGCAGUCCUCCUUCCACAAACAAGAAGUCCACAAAGUCAGAAUCAAAUGGGAACUCUACUAGAACUGGUAAAUCUAAGAUGAAAAAUACUAUUACAAAAUCAAGUAAGGCCUCCUUGAGACAAAGCAACAAGUCUGUGCAAGAUUCCUCCAGCAGCAAGUUGCCAAAGGCUCAGAAAUUGUUAGAUGAGGGAAAGAUUAGGCCUUUUGGGAGCACAUUGAAGCCAUUAUACCCUCCCACUGGGAAAUCUGUUGUAGUAGUGGAGUCCCUCACAAAAGCAAAGGUUAUUCAGAGCUACCUCGGGGAUAUGUUUGAAGUCCUGCCUAGCUAUGGUCAUGUGAGAGAUUUGGCUGGUAGGUCAGGAUCUGUACGACCUGACAAUGGUUUCAGUAUGGUAUGGGAGGUUCCAGCUGCUGCAUGGACUCAUCUUAAGAGUAUUAAGGUUGCGCUAAAUGGGGCAGAAAAUCUUAUCCUUGCAUCUGAUCCCGACCGUGAAGGAGAGGCGAUAGCGUGGCACAUUACAGAGAUGUUGCUACAGCAGGAUGCUUUGCAUGAAAACAUCACUGUAGCAAGGGUCGUGUUUCAUGAAAUAACUGAAUCAUCCAUCAAAAGUGCCCUGCAGUCUCCAAGAGACAUUGAUGUGGACUUGGUUCAUGCUUACCUUGCACGUCGUGCUCUUGAUUACUUGAUUGGAUUCAACAUUUCACCAUUGUUGUGGAGGAAAUUGCCUGCUUGCCAAUCUGCUGGGCGGGUCCAAUCAGCAGCUUUGGCUCUAAUAUGUGAUAGAGAAAUGGAAAUCGAUGAAUUUAAACCACAUGAGUAUUGGACUGUUGAUGUUGAAUUUAACAAACAAAAGCCUGGUUCCUUGGACAAUGGCUCUUUCACAUCACACUUGACACACUUCGAUUCUAAGAAGUUAGAGCAGUUGUCAAUCAGUUCUCAUGUGGAGGCGAAAUCCAUUGAACAGAAAAUUACUUCAUCAAAUUUUGAAGUGGUACGCUCUAAAAGGAGCCAAAUAAGAAAAAAUCCUCCGACACCAUACAUAACAUCAACUAUUCAGCAGGAUGCUGCAAACAAAUUACAUUUCACAGCCACAUACACGAUGAAGCUUGCCCAGAAGCUAUAUGAGGGAGUUAAACUUACGAAUCAGGAGGCAAUGGGAUUGAUAACAUACAUGCGGACAGAUGGUCUCCACGUUUCCAAUGAAGCUGUGGAGGACAUACAUUCCUUGGUCAUGGAAAGGUAUGGGCAGGAUUUUGCAUCAGACUGCCCUCGUAAGUACUUUAAGAAGGUGAAGAAUGCUCAAGAGGCCCAUGAAGCUAUCAGACCAACCAGCAUUCGGAGGUUACCAUCUAUGCUAGUUGGAAUACUUGACGAAGAUUCCUGGAAGUUAUAUACUCUUAUAUGGACUCGAACAAUGGCCUCCCAAAUGGAACCCACUGUGAUUGAUCAGAUACAACUUGAUAUUGGAGGUGAUGGUGAGUCCAUUCUUAGAUCUACCUGCUCAAGAAUCAACUUUCUUGGAUAUCAAGCAGUUUAUAAGGAUAUAGAAGCUGCGCCUCUCGGAUAUGAAGAAAAGGAAAGGGAUCCUCGUGAGGAACUUUUUGGUGUUCUCUCUGCUCUGAAGUCAGGAGAUCCAUUGUAUCUUGAUAAAGUGGAGCUCAAGCAGCAUUUCACACAACCUCAUCCACGCUACUCUGAAGGGUCAUUGGUUAAAAAGCUGGAGGAACUUGGGAUUGGAAGACCUUCUACUUAUGCAAAUAUUAUGAAGGUUUUACAGGAUAGGAAUUAUGUGACAGUAAAGAUUCGAGUAUUAUAUCCCGAAUUUCGUGGCCGUAUGGUAUCGGCUUUUCUUGCCCACCAUUUCUCUGAGGUGACAGACUAUAGUUUCACUGCUGAUAUGGAGACUGAGCUUGAUAAUGUUUCUGCGGGGGUAACUGAAUGGAAGGGCCUUCUAAACGAUUAUUGGACGCGGUUUAGUAUGUAUUGUGAGACUGCUGCAGAUGUCAGCCCACGACAGGUGGAGAAAAUGUUGGAGGAAACAUUUGGAGAUUUCUUAUUUGCUUCUCUUCCAGACAGGACAUGCCCAAGUUGUUCAACGGGUACUUUGGUCUUUAAAGUGAGUAGGAUUGGUGCAGGCUAUUUUAUCGGUUGUGAUGAGCACCCGAAAUGCAAGUAUAUUGCAAAGACAAUGUACGGGGAUGAUGAAGAAGAUGAUACUGAUAAACAGGAGAUGAUUUCCGAGCCAAAACUGUUGGGUCUUAAACCUGGUACUAAUGAGAAGGUUUUUCUGAAGAGUGGCCCCUAUGGGUUCUAUGUCCAGCUUGGUGAAGAUAGAAAGGGACACCUGCCAAAGAGAGCUUCUGUCUCUCAGAUAAAGGAUGUGGAGACCAUCACCUUAGAACAAGCACUUGAGUUGCUACAGUAUCCUGUACUUCUGGGGGAGCAUCCAGAGGAUAAGCAACCAGUCUAUUUAAAACUUGCAAGAUACGGUUUUACAAUUAGACAUAGGCGCACAAUUGCAUCAGUUCCUAAGAACAUGAUUCCCAAAGACAUUACUCUAGAGAAGGCAUUGAAACUAUUGUUGGGUAAAGAUGUAAGACGAUGUGGCCGACCUAAGAGUAAGCCGAAGGUUGAAGUUAUGUAAAAAAUGAUUAAUGAUCGAGUUCGAAAGACGGUGUUCAUUCAAUCAACAUUUAUUCGUUGAGAAUCUCUUUUUAACCUCCUAAUCAACAGCUGGUUGGGCGAUUGAGCAUGUGUUUUUGAGGCAUCUCAAUUUAUUUAUUGUUGGCAAUCAGAGAUGUAUAUAAUAAUUAUUAAUUUUGUUGUAAAUUUGAUCAAUUUUGUUUUUCUAUUAUUUGUUCUUGACCUUUUAAUGUUUUGUAACUUCCUAAGAAAUUCUCUCAAACAAGCAAGGCUAAGAACUUAUUACGGCAGAAAGCAGUCAUUGAGUUUGCCCAUCUUUACUUGUAACUGCUCAUUUUGAAUCUGUGAUCUCGUUACUAAUUUAUAGU